AUGGGUAUGAUAAUUUCGAAAGCGCUUCAAAGCAUCCUCGGCAAGAAGGAGAUGCGUAUUCUUAUGGUCGGAUUGGACGCCGCCGGUAAGACUACCAUCCUCUACAAGCUGAAAUUGGGUGAAAUCGUCACUACAAUUCCUACCAUUGGUUUCAACGUCGAGACCGUCGAAUACAAGAACAUCUCCUUCACCGUGUGGGACGUCGGUGGGCAGGACAAGAUUCGUCCAUUGUGGAGACAUUACUUCCAGAAUACCCAGGGUAUCAUCUUCGUUGUUGACUCCAACGACAGAGAGCGUGUUUCAGAGGCUAGAGAGGAACUUCAGAGAAUGUUGAAUGAGGAUGAACUCCGAGAUGCUCUUCUUUUGGUCUUCGCCAACAAGCAGGAUCUGCCGAACGCUAUGAAUGCUGCCGAAAUCACCGAUAAGCUUGGAUUGCACAGCUUGAGACAGCGAGCAUGGUACAUCCAACAAACUUGCGCUACUUCCGGUGACGGUCUCUAUGAAGGAUUGGAAUGGCUCUCCCAGAACAUUAAGAAGAAGACCGGCAUGUAA